AUGUCUUGGCAAUCUCCAAACACCGCCGUUCGAGCGCAAAAUGAGAGGCCGCAGCUUCCACCCGGCUAUGUGACGGUUCAAGAUAUCCUCGCUGGACGCGUUGGGCAAAAUCGCAUGACCAAUGUUGCGGGCCUGGUCAAAGACUUUCGGGCACCCUUUCUGACCAGAAAAUUUUCAGAUUGGAAAUGUACAUUGACUAUCUACGAUAAGUCUACUGAGGACGAUGGAUCGGGACUCUCUGUCAUGAUUUUCAAACCCAACGAAGAAGACAUGCCACAGCCAAGCGCGGGUGAUGUUGUCCUUCUAAAUCAAAUCAAGGUCCAGGGUUUUCGAAACGAACUGUCUCUUCUUACCAGCUUCAACAGCGUGAUCCAUGUGUAUACAGCAUCAAAGAUUCCGAAACCGCCCAGAGGAGCAGUCGUAGCUCUGCAAGAGCCCCUCAGACCUCCUCGGCGUGCUCCAAGCGACAAGGAGCACGAGUAUGUGUCUCACCUGUAUCACAGUAUUGAUAAGGGUGCAAUACCUGAAGCUGAAGAAUUCUCACGUUUGACUGAACUAUCACGCAACGUCAAGGGGAAGUUCAGCCUCUUGAAAGAUGUUCACGAGGACAGAUUUUGCGAUAUCAUCGCUCAGGUAGUCAAAGACCCCUUCGACCUGAUGGAUAAGACAACCCUGUGGGUCUCUGAUUACACAGAAAACAGCAAGUUUUAUAAGUACUCGUGGGACGGCUCGGACAUGCCUGCUGGACGUGAGGGCGACCCUUAUGGAUAUACCACCACUAAACUCUCCACCAGCUCGAGCUGGUCCGGCCCAUUUGGCAAAAGGUCUAUGCAAAUUACUUGCUUCGAGCCACAUUCCACUUAUGUCCAGAGUGACGUCAAAGCCAAUCAUUGGGUCAAAAUUCGCAACUUGCAGAUCAAAUACGGGCACAAUGCAAACAAUCUCGAGGGCUUUAUAAGAGAAGACCGGGCUGCAUUUUCCUCGGCCUCGGAACGUCGAAUCGACAUACUGGAUACCACGGACGCGGAAAACAUCGAUGACCGGUUGAAGGAUGCAAUUCGGCGAAAGAGAGAUUACGACAAAACGGUGAAAGAGCAGAAGAAGAAGUUCGCAGCCAACGAAGGAGGAGCGGCAGCAGGGACCAAAAGGAAGGCUGACCAAACUGCACCUGGAAAGAAGAAUCGAAAGCAACGGCGCGCAGAGGGACUACUUGCCGCACAAAAGAAAGUCGAAGAACACGAGAUCAAACAGGAGGAAAAUUUGGGGCUCAAUAAACUGAUCAAAUGCGAAAGCCUUGACCAACCCAUCUUUACCCUGGCUUCAAUCCUCGAGCCUGUCCCAUACACCAUGACGAUAGAUGGUAAAGAAAUCCAAACAACACUCCCUUUCACCAACGCCAAGUAUCGUGCCAACGUUCGAGUCGUUGACUUCCGGCCGCGCAAGCUGGAGGACUUUGCCGCGUGGCGUAAGAACAAUGAAUAUGACAUCUUGUCUGACUACAGUGGCGGCUCCGACUCAGACUCGGAUGACGACCCGGGCACUUUGGACAGGUAUACCGGCGACAAGAUCUGGGAAUGGCGAUUUUCGCUGCAGCUCGAGGAAGCUGGGAAGCUAGCAAAGGGUAGCAAGCCGGAACGCUUAUGGGCUGUGGUGAACAACAUUGAGGGUCAGCAGUUGCUGAACCUCGAUGCAAACGAUCUCCGCGCCAAUCCGACCGACUUGACCAGUCUCCGCAAAACGCUUUUCGAGCUCUGGGGUAACCUUGAAGAAGUGAAAGCAAAGGAGUACGGGCUCGAGCUCAAUUCACGCAGACGUCUUGCGGGCAACCUCCCGCCGCCAGACAGUUCGGAUGAUGAAGACACACGUGCCGGCAAAGAUGCGACCUUGAAUCCGCCUGUCGAAAAGGUGUCGAACAAUGCAUUUACUUGCUGUCUGAAACAGUACGGAGCCAAGAUGAAGGAGCGUAACCCGAAGAAAAUGAACGCAGGCGAGGGCUAUCGCUGGGAGAGGACGUUUGGCUUGUUUGGAACUGCCAUCAAGUUGGCUUAA